AUGGAUGAAGUGAUCACUAUCAGCUCUGACAGUGAUAAAGACGACGACUCUGAUGUGGAGAUCGUCAGCUCCUUCACUAACGUCGUCACGCGGGAUGACCUGCUGCCCCUCUCGGCGGUGAGGGUGGACGUUGACGCUGUCAAAGCCGUCGACGUCCCAACGAGGGCCCAGCUGACCCUCCCUGCUCAGAUAAAGGGGGCUCAGUUGAGAACUCAAGAGCACAGCACUCAUGAAGGCGAAAUGGAUGAUUUUAGAUCAUCCAAUAUGAUCCCCUCUCCAACAUCCCCUUCUUUAUCUCAAGAUAAAGCAGAAAGUUCACUGCAGCGAGAAGUAGUCUGCUGUAAACUAAAACAAAUGGAAUUAGACAAAGCUGAAUCUACGGAAAGCUAUCUCGCUGAUCACCCGUUCCCCAACUCUCCUCCCACCGGACAAAACCCUUCUGAGCAUGUUGUCCAUGAAUCUUGUUUAUCCCACACAAGUCCCAUAUGUCAUGACCUCAGAAGGCUCAUCAACCCAGCAACAAUCUCUGAAAAUACACCAGCUGCAAAUACGUCUGAAGGGCAAUCAGAGGAUGUGAAGGCUGAUGACGCCUCAAACAACUCUGACAUCUUCCACCAUGGCAUCCAUGAUGAACCUUUUCUGUCAGUGGCAAAUGAGGACAUGGAUGGCAAAUCUUGGGCGGGGACAUACAGAGACUUUGGCAGCCCAGGGUGUUUCAUUUGGGAAGGGGGGAGUGACGGAGACGAAGUUAACAAAGAGAGCAGGUUUGAUAUGGACUUCAGGGCAGCCAGUAGAGAGGACAGGCGAUUUGUGUGCCCAAUUGCACUCAGGAAAAGAAUGUCUGGACAUUCUCAAGCCCUGCCUGAUGAGGAAGAUGAAGGUUUUGGAACUCCUGAGGUGCUAUGCCGGCAUAGCCUGAGUGUGGUUUACGCUACCAUUGACGAAAAGCUCGUAGAUGGCACAUUGCAGCUCUUAUCUAACCUGAUUCAGCCUGGUUACUAUCCCCCCAAGGAUAUCACCUCCCACCUGCUGCGUGGCGUCUUGCUCGACCAGCAGUGUCAGUAUCACCUCUGCGUGCAGGCAUUUAAUCUGCUGAUGAGGACACAGAGACACCACAUGGCUGAUAAAACUUCAGCUCCAUGGGACUGGGAGUUGUUGACCUCAGUCAUGGCCAAUCAGGACCAUAUACAGAGGCAUCUGAGUGAGGUUGUGCGUAUGUUCCUGGAUUAUGUUGUGCAGACUUUGGAAGAUGACUUUCAGGCCAAAUGCUCUAUCUCUGCCCUCCACCACUCCAUCGCCAAAGCAACGUUGUCAUGUGAUGAACAGUUCCCACAUGUCAGGGAGAUCAUCAAGUGGCUCUUUGCUGCCAUUAAGAAAUCAACAGAGCCUGGAGAGAGUAAAGAAGCCGCCAGAGAGAAGGAUGAACAAAUCAGAAUAGUGUUCAUGUUCCAGAGGAUGUUGACCUUGGCUCUGGAGGUGGACAGGUCUCCAGCUCAAAACUCUGCCAAGCUGUCCCAGGAGCUCUUCCACAUACUCAUCAGCAAUACGCCUCUACGAGCACAAAGGAUGUUGUUGCUGGAGAGCCUGCAGAGCAGACUUCUGAGAUAUAAGCUGUUAGAACUUCUGUUGGACUAUUCCUGCCCAGUGAAAAUCCAACUGCCCAUGUCGCUCAGUCUUCUGCUUCACUUUUUGAAGCACUGCACUCUGGCACCAGACCCUUCGGACGGUACUGAAAGAUGGCAGAGGUGGAAAGAGUUGGUACAGCUUCUCUGGAUGUUGCUGCUCAGCUACAAUAAAACAAUGAUAGGCUAUCUGAGCAACUCUGUGUCUGAACAAAAAGGCAAAGUUGGCAACUUGAUCUACAGACCAGAUGAUAUAGUAUCAAAGCCCGCCAUUUGUGAGGCCAUGGAAGCCUUCCGUUCAAGAUCACAGGCUGACCUCGGCCAAACCUUACCUCUCCACGUGGAAGAAUCCCUCGCUUAUCUACAGGAUCGCCUGCUAGAUUUCUGUCGGUGUUGAAUUAAAAGCUGUUUGUUCUCGUUGAGUUGAUAAAGCAGUAGAGUAAAUUAAUAUUUAUUUUUUUUGUAUGUAUUCAUUUGUUCCAUUUUGGGAUUCUAAAUAAAGGCGUUGCCUUAUCUGUUCUAAAGAAAUGAAA